AUGUCUCAAGGACGCAAGAUUGCAUUCAUCGGCGCCAGCGGCCAAGUUGGCAAACCGACAAUCAACACCCUCCUCCGCCAAGGCGGCCACACCAUCACCGCCCUCCAGCGACAAGGAGCCACCAGCACAUUCCCAACCGGAGUCAUCGUCAAGAAUGGCAAUCUUGAAGACGAGUCUUUUCUCGCAGAGGCACUCAAGGGACAAGAUGCCGUAGUUCUGAUGCCUCCCAUUUCUCACCUCGCUCAACUCCAAGAACCAGCCAUCCGCGCCGCCGCAAAGGUCGGUGUCCCCUACGUCUUCCCAUCUGAAUAUGGACCCGAUCCCUAUGCCGGCCAGCUUAUCGAAGAAAACGGACUUCUCAUCGCCAAAAAGAAGAUUCGCGAUCUCAUCGAAAGUCUCGGAGUGAGCAGCUGGGUUUCCAUCGCCAUCGGCCCAUGGCUCGACGACGGCCUCAAAUUGGGACUCUGGGGCAUCGACGCCAAAAACCGCAAAGCUACCUUGUGGCGCGGCGCGAAUGCCAAGGCCAACACGGCGAGCAUCGCUCACACUGGCGAAGCCCUUGCUGCUGUGUUGAGCCUUCCAGAGGCCGAUCUGGCAAAGUACAAGAACAAAGCUGCCUACACGCCAUCAUUCCACUUGACCCAGCGUGAAAUCUUGGAGGCUGUCCAGCGGGCAACGGGUACAACGGACGCAGACUGGGACAUCCAGUCGCGGGAUGUGAAGGAUGUGGCUGCGGAGUAUGAGGCAAAGAUCAAGCAAGGUGAUGGCGUGGCGCCUUACACAAAGUUCUUCGUCACGCACUUUUUGGACGGCCAUGGUGGAGACUUUCAGCACAAGGUGAAUGCUGCGGAAUUGGCUAAGCUUGAGAAUUUGGGACUAGGUAAGGAGACUGUGGAGGAGGUUAUCAAGAAGGCUCUGGUGUAA